AUGGAGGCAGGUUACUUGCGUCCAUCCAGGUUGCCUUAUGUUGCCCCAGUAUUGUUCCAAUGCAAGAAGGAUGGAAGCCUUCGGAUGUGCAUGGAUUAUCAGGCUUUGAACAAGCUCACAAUCAAAAACAAGUAUCUGUUACCCCUCAUAGCGGAUAGCUUCAAUCGACUAGUUGAUGCAAGAGUGUUUAGCAAAUUGGAUCUGAGGCAAGGUUACUACCAGAUCAGGAUCGCGUCGGGUGAUGAGAUCCGACCAGACCUGAAAAAGCUUGAGGCGAUCCGAGACUGGGAGCCACUCCACAAUGUGCACGAGGAUGGGCAUCUAGUGGCCUAUGAGUCCCGGAAGCUCAAUGACAAGGAAAGGAACUACUCAGCGCACGAAAAAGAAAUGACUGCUAUUGCAAGGUGGCAAGAAUUCUUGGUAGAAUUCAAUUUCGAGCUGGUAUACAACCCGAGCUGGCACAAUGUGGUAGCCGAUGCACUUAGCAGGAAAGCACAACUUGGUGCUUUAGAACUCUUGGGCCAGAGUCAAGUUGUGCUGAAUGAAGACAUGAUCGAAAGGAUCAAGGAGGGUCUGGAGAACAACUUGCAAGUGUGGCAGAUUGUUUUGUAG